CGAAGCUGAGACCGCUUCCGAGAGUCUAGACAAGGGAUUUGUACACAUCGAAUCAAUAGUCAUCUCCUCCCCAUAAAUUGCACACACAUAGGGCUCAGUGCUCGCCUUGCCGAAGAGCUUGAUACCCGUAGGAAGACAAUGUCUUUUUUGCAAUAGCCCUUGGACUCGAACAAUUGUGUGUUUUUAUGCAUUCGUUCGUCGUCUUUGCUAUUAUUUUAUUUUCGAUUGAUAUUCGUUUUGGGUGUUUUGCGUCAGCAUCCACGUGUAGCAUUGAACGUCGCUGUUAUGAUUCGAGGCUUGGAGCAACUCAAGAGUGGAGGCCUGGAUACCAACCACAAGUCAUCUACAAUUCAGCCGUGUUUUUAGUUUUUCCCCUCCUUUCUCUGUUGUUUCUGGAAUACGUAUUUACUCAUUCAUUUAGUCCUAAUGCAAGUUGAACGUUUGCAGUAGCUCUCGACCACUUUUGCCUGAAGACAGAGAGCAAUGGUGCAUUUUUGUGCAUCCUGAAAUCUGCAUAUUGAGAGAGAUUAUUUGAUUCAGAAUUUACUUUGUGGCUUGCUGAUCUAAGGGAGACGCUUGCAAGUGUAGCUCUCCAGCCUCCACGAUGCUCUUCCACGGGCUGCUCGGAGGCGAGAUGCAGGGGGUUAUCUACGAGAUGGGCCGGAGGGCGAAGGGCGAUUCUACCGCCAUCAGUUCGGCUAUAGACAUGGGAGAAACAGAGACGGGUAUGAGGUCCAUCAACAGCGACCGUGUGGCCUUAUGCGCGGGCUGCGGGGGGAAGAUAUCUGACCGCUACUACUUGCUUGCGGUUGACAAACAGUGGCACAUGCGCUGUCUCAAGUGCUGCGAGUGCAAACUCAACCUCGAGUCCGAGCUUACCUGUUUCAGUAAAGACGGCAGCAUCUAUUGCAAAGAAGAUUACUACAGCAGGAGGUUUUCCGUCCAGAGGUGCGCCCGUUGCCAUCUCGGGAUCUCGGCGUCGGAGAUGGUCAUGCGGGCGAGGGACUUGGUCUAUCACUUGAACUGUUUCACCUGUACAAGCUGCAACAAAAUGCUCACGACCGGAGACCACUUCGGUAUGCGGGACAGUCUUGUGUACUGCCGGCUCCACUUUGAGACACUCAUACAAGGGGAAUAUCAAGCGCAUUUCAAUCACUCGGGGGAUGUAGACUCGGGCAAAGGACUUUGCGCGGGCAGCGCGGGGAACUCGCUGGGGCAGACCUACUACAACGGCGCCCGAACCGUGCAGAAAGGAAGGCCGAGGAAAAGGAAAAGUCCCGGGCCUGGAGCAGAUGUGGUGGCUUACAACGCAGCAUUAAGUUGCAGUGAGGAUGGGGACCACCUGGACCGUGACUCCCACUACUCCUCCAGCUCCAAGUCCAAGCGCAUGCGCACCUCCUUCAAACACCACCAACUGAGGACCAUGAAGUCCUACUUUGCCAUCAACCACAAUCCAGACGCCAAAGACCUGAAACAGCUGGCCCAGAAGACGGGUCUCUCCAAACGCGUGCUGCAGGUUUGGUUCCAAAACGCCCGGGCCAAGUUUCGCCGGAACAUUCUACGUCAGGAGAGCACAGGACUGGACAAGCUGUUGGAUGGGUCCACUCUAUCAGGGGGGUCGCCUUCAGGCCCUCCCUCCGAGCUGUCCAACUCCUCAAUGAGCCCUUCCAGUACCCAUACCACCCUCACGGACAUGACCAGCCCCUCUAUGACAUCGGCUAACCCUGUACUGACCGCCGUGCCGGGGGGCAUGGACCUACAUGACUCCAUGAGUGUGAGCCCUUCCCAGACCACCCUUACCAGCCUUUUCUGAUGUCACCCACCCCACCCGAUCCGCCCAUAAACCAGCUCACUCAAGAGGGAGUCACUUAUAUAAAUGAUAUUCCGCCUGGACCCUGGACCUUAGGCUUCCACCCUGUCACUCCAUCCUGACCAUUCUGUUUCUAGGUAGGGAUUUGUAAAAAACUAAAUAAAAAAAGGUAAAAGCAUUGGGGAGUGUAAAAUGCAGAUGCAAAGUACUGUAGCAAGGUUAUCCGGAAGACUCUAGCGUGCCUUAUACAUUUUAAUCACACGAGGAAUCCCUGAUCUGAUAAAUGUCUCAUCUAGGUGGCAUAUUUCUUACAAUAUUUUGUUAAAGGACGGUUGCCCCACUGACAACUGCAUUUGCUUAAGACAUGGCCAUCAAAGCGGAUCUACUUUACAAUUCAGUCUGUACAGAGUAAGGGUCUGAUGUCAACAAGAAAAUGUAUAUUGAUAGAUAGGGCAUAGAUGAGAAUUAGAAUUAAACUGAUACAGUUGAUAUAAAGAUAUCAUGGUCACUAUCCUUUACUCAGACUUUGCUUUAAUAUUUUGUGACAAUAAACUGUCAUACACAGAAAUUAGAUAUAAUAUAUAUUGAUAUCUGACUCAUUGCUGAAGGAAUUGCAUUGAUUCUAUUUGCAGUCACCAUUUAAUAUCUCAGUAACACAUCUACAUUUUAAGCAAAAAUAGCUACAACAUAUCUAGUGCUUUUUGAGCAUCACACUCUUUGGAUUAUGAAUUGAUAGGAGAAACAUGGAUUUAGAUUGUGGAAUAAUGUCUGGCUAUUUGAAUAUUGUCACAUUCAUCACUACAUUUGUAGUUUGUUUCAGCACUUGUGUACCAGAUGCACUUCCACACACCAUACUUACCUCAGUCUAAAUGUCUUUCUAUGUUCUUGUUUCUGAAAACCAGCACUCUGAUUUUGGGUAGAUACCAAGGUUAUGGCUCUGUUUGCGUGGUAUCACAUUUUGAAAUUCUAAAAGUCCAUACAAUGUAGGAAUUUAACACAAAAUAAAUCGAUUUAAAACUUAGAUGCUGUUUGGGAGCAUCCAACAAUGGUACCAGCAAUCAAAAAUAAAUCCAAGACACCACUUCUAAAUACUUAUUUGGAAUUGCCCUAUAAAACGGUUCCUUGUGGGAACCUGCCUGAAUAUUGGUGUAGGUACAGAGAAACUAAUCAGGGAUUUGUGAAGUUGGCAAAUAAACCAACUUUACCUGGGUCCUGCUCAUUAGGACCGUACAGUAGCAACAUGUUUUGUAAUGGAAAACAUAAACGAGUGUUUCUUAUUGGACAAAUUCAGACAGUACCUCCUUGUUUCAAACUGUUUUCUUCCACUUGGUGCCUACUGAACAUUACCCUGGAAGCUGGUAGGACUGUAAGGGUUUCUGACAUGGAGAAUCAAGAUGCCUUCCUUUUGACUGUGAUUACCUUAACUCAUGAAUGAGGAGGGUGCUCUUACUUUAUCUUUACACUUGUGUACAUGCUGUUUGGGAUUCAUCAUCCCUUUAACCAGUCUUUUCUUUGUUUGUCCUCCUAUUCUUGUGCAGUUGCCCCCUUUUGAUGUAAUUAAGCAUUAAUUUAUUUCAAAAUGUAAAAUGGUGAGCAAGACUUGACCUGGUCUCUGUUGUUUUUUAAAAAGUUACUACCUAUAGGAUAUGAUCAUAUGCCAAACGCACACAUGUACAGUUGAAGUCGGAAGUUUACAUACACUUAGGUUGGAGUCAUUAAAACUUGUUUUUCAACCA